AUGCAUAAUUAAAAUAUACCAUCUGCAUUGACACGAUAAUAUAAUAUAUAUUUGAUUCUUAGAGAAUUAAUUCUAGAUGCCUUAGAUUAUAAUUACAUUAAAUCCAUUAAUAUUGUUCAAGAUUAAAUUAUUAUACAUAAUCUACCAUCUUAAGCUUACAAAAUAUAACCUACAUCUAAUGAAUCAGAUUUCACUGAAUAAAGUUCAGAAAAUAAAAUUAAAAAAAUAGAAAAGAAAGUCAAAGCAUAAGCCAAAAAACAAGAGAGAUCAAAAAAAUUAGAACAUUUAUAAUUUAUUACAACUGAAUAAUUAAAAGAUUAUAAUGUUUAAAUGAUACCCCAUAAUUAAGGAUAUUAAGCUUAAAGAGCUAUAAAGGAUCAUUUAAAAGAGACAACUAAUGUUAAUUUGUAAGCAGGAUCAAAGAUGGGAAAAGGUGGUAUAGAUAAAUUGUAAAAAGGAGAGUAUUUUUUAAAAUAGAAAGGCAAAUCAUAAGAAUAUCAUAUUUGUUGGCUUGAAUAAAGAGGAUUUCAUUUGGUUUGGUAUCAUAUGAAAACUGAUAAAGUGGCAAGAGGAAUAGGAUAAUUGGAUGAUGCAUUAAUUAAAGAUGAAGGAUCUAUUUAUAUUGUUAAAUUGUUAGAUAGAACUUUAACAAUAAAAUUAGAAAAACCAUAUGUUGGAUAAAUUUGGAGAAGAUCCAUAUCCAAUUAAAUAGCAUACAAAGCAUAUUUAAAUAAUCUAUGGAUGAUUUGUAGAUUAUUUGAUAAAUCACCUUCUAUUAGUAUGGUAGAUUAUUUUUUCAAUGAAAAUCUUACAACUUUCAAUAUCUCUAAUAAUGCAUUAUAAAUAGAAGGUAUAUAGAAUGCAUUACCCUUGUGUUACAUAACAAAAUAUACUUAGAUUAUAUUUGAUAGUUUAAUGAAUCAUAAGAUUUAUUAAUUGAUUUUAUCUAAUAGUCAAUUAGGUCCAAUUGCUACAAUUUAAUUGUUAUAAUAUUUUAAGAAGAAUAAGAAUAGAUUGAAAUUAAUUGAUUUAAGUAAUUGUUAAUUGACAACAUUGGUUAUAAAGGAAUUUGGAAGUUUUUUAAUGAAUUAAAAUUCUUUUGCUUUAAAUCAUAUAUAUUUGAAUGAUAAUUAAGGGAUUGGAAAUGAAGGUAUUGAUAUCAUAGCUAAUUGCAUUUAAUAAAGAUAUUUAUAAUUUUGGGAUAAUAGUACAAAUAAUUUAGAGAGUAUUAGUCCAGGUUAUAGAAGACAUUAAAUAUCAAAGAAGGCAGAUUCAAUGGAAUUAGAAUUAUUGACUUUAAUGAACUUUAAAAAUAUUGGGGCAACUAAUUUCAAUGAUUUAUUUAAUGCAAUUGAUGUGAUGUUUGGUAAGGCAUUAGAGAUUCCAUCAUUGGAGAAUGAAUUAUUUUUCAAUAAAUAAAAAACAUUAUCUAAAAUAAUAAAGAAAUUAAAGAAUAAAACAGGAUAAUAUAAUAGAUAUAAUUUAUAAUUAUUGAAAGAUUUUUAUGAAAAUUCAAUGGAUCCAAUAAUAGAAAUAAUAAAGAUACAAUUAGAUAUAUCUGAUAAUUAAAUAUAGAAUAUAGAAUAAUUGGGGGAAUUAAUAAUAAAACAUGAUUGUUUUAGGAGUAUUCAUUUAAGUCAUCUUGAAUUAGAUGAAUUAUUAUAAUUUACAGCUUGUUUAAAGAAUUCUAUAUCUUUAGAAUUAUUGGAUGUAAAUUGUAAUAAGAUAAAUGACAUAUAAGUGAUAUUAUAAAGUUUGGAUAAGAAUACUAGUAUUAAGACUUUGAUUAUUUCAUAACAAUUUAUAGAUUUGUAGAGUAGAUUUGAAAAUGUGGAAAUGAAUAAUUAAGAGUUUUUUAUAGCUGAUGUAUAAUUGUUAUGA